AUGUACCGGCUAGCAGGAGGAGCCCAGCAAGAUCGAGCUCGCAAAGUCAAUAGAGUGGUAGUCGACGGGGAAGAGUUCGAAGUGGUGGACGAAUUUGCAUACCUCGGUUCGUUUAUGACGUCUGCAUUUGUGCAAGAUGAAGAACAACGUGAUGGUAGUGCGGACAACCAUUUCUAUCGAGCAAGGAACUAUUUCCCGACCACGGACAUUUCAUUUUCGGAAGUGUCAUCUGAACGCAGUACGAGAGUUUGUGCGUCCUCAACUCCGAUUGAUUCAAACUUACCGAAAAACAUCAAAGGCAUUCCUGCCCAGCGCGAUAAGUGGGGCAAGGAUAUUGAAUUCCUGCUUUCCUGCAUCGCACUUUCGGUCGGUCUUGGCAACGUAUGGCGCUUUCCAUUCACGGCGCUGGAAAACGGAGGUGGGGCUUUCGUGAUACCCUAUUUGAUUGUGCUACUGCUGGUUGGACGUCCGAUCUAUUAUUUGGAAAUGUUAAUUGGUCAGUUCUCUAGCCGUGGCUGUAUCGACGUGUACGAUGCGUCCCCGGCGAUGCGUGGAAUCGGUUACGGCCAAACAUACUCGACUUUCAUCGUAAUGACUUACUAUGCCUCACUAAUGGGAUUGACGGUGCGUUAUCUGAUUGCUUCCUUUGGAAAUCCGCUGCCCUGGAGCGAGUGUCAAGCUAGCUGGAAUGCAACUUGUGUGAACUCGAGAUUAUCUGUGGAUUUUGAGGGUAAUUCUAGCUUGGUGAAAGUGUCCUCUGCGGAAUUGUUUUUUGUAAAGGAGGUUUUAAAGGAAACUGGUUCGAUCGAUGAUGGCAUUGGGAACCCGGACUGGCGACUGGUGCUGUGUUUGUUGGUUCCGUGGAUUUGCAUCUGUUUGACGCUGAUCAAAGGUAUAAAGAGUUCCGGAAAAGCGUCGUAUUUUCUUGCUAUUUUCCCGUACGUCAUAAUGCUACUACUACUCGUCAGAGCUUGCACUCUAGAAGGGGCUGCUCAAGGGAUGCUGUAUUUGAUAAAACCUCAAUGGGACCGUAUCUUCGAGGCCAAGGUGUGGUACUCGGCUGUUACGCAAAUGUUCUUCUCACUGACAGUCUGCUUCGGCAACGUGAUUAUGUAUUCGUCUUUUAAUCGGUUCACAAAUAAUGUUUACAGAGACGUUACAAUUGUCACCAUCUUGGAUACAUGUACCUCAAUGCUAUCGGGAUUGAUCGUUUUCGGAGUCAUUGGACACUUGACUCAUGUGAUGCAAGCUCCGGAUAUCAGAAACGUAGUUCGAGGAGGAGCUGGUCUGGCAUUUGUUACCUACCCGGAUGCGAUUGCGAAGUUCAAAAUUUGGCCGCAAUUUUUCGCCGUCACCUUCUUCCUAAUGUUGUUCGUCCUUGGAAUUGGAAGCAAUGUCGGUAUGGCAACGACCAUUAUGAGCGUGAUUCGGGAUAGAUUUCCGCAAUUGAAACCAUCGCUGGUGGCGUUUGGGAUAGCGAUCAUUGGUUUCGGCGUUGGGCUCAUCUACACCACACCUGGCAGCCAGUAUCUGCUAGAUUUUCUUGAUUUUUAUGGCGCAUCUUUUGUUGCACUAGUGCUAGCAGUGUUCGAGGUGUUCACUUUUGCAUGGAUUUACGGUGUUGGCCGAAUUUGUCGAGAUAUCGAAUUCAUGCUAGGCAUCAAAACUGGUCUAUAUUGGCGUCUCUGCUGGGGGUUCGUCACGCCUGUCAUGCUGGUAGCUAUUUUAAUCUACCACAUUGCAACAUACAAGCCAUUUGCUUUCCAGGGUUACAUAUAUACCGAUGGAAUGUACGCUCUUGGAUGGUGUGUUUUCGCGGCUGGUGUCUUGCAACUUCCCGCUUGGGCAGUGUAUGCAUUUCUGCAACGAAAGGAGGGCAACUGGCAAGAUCGCAUACUUAAUUGCUUUAAGCCAACAAAUAACUGGGGUCCGGAGGACCCUGAGCUGAAUGCCAAAUAUCAUGAAAAUCUGUUCAAACAUAGACAGACAUUGCCGGUGCAGCGAAAUAUUUUCCGGAAAUUGAUUGACAACGUUUUCCAUUGA